CGUUAGCCAGACGUGUUUACACAGUGAAGGUCAUCCUGAUGUUCAUCUGGUUGAAUUCAUCCGCUACCAUUUAAGUCACAUCAAGAGACAAAACUAUGGACUGGACUAAAAUGACGAAAAAUGAGCUGGAGCUGCAGUUUUCCCCGAGCAGGUGGUCCCACAGGAUGUCUGCGGACGACGUGAUCAAGGCCCACGUGAAGGCGUUAAAGGAAGGUACGAAGCGAGCCCGUGAUCUGGCUCAAACCUUGCUCAAUGUGCCCUACGGAGAAGGGGACGGAGAGAAACUGGACGUGUACAUACCCAGGACCAGCAGUUUGGAUGUCAACCUUGUGAUUUACCUACACGGAGGUUACUGGCAGUUUCUCAGCAAGGAUGAGUCUGGAUUCAUGGCUGUUCCCCUCAUUGACAAGGGUGUAGUUGUGGUUGCUGUUGGUUACGACAUCGCCCCCAAAGGUGACAUGGACCUGAUGGUAUCACAAGUCCGCAGGAGUGUCGUGUCUGUUGUUCAGCAGUAUUCUCACAUCAGUGGUCUUUACCUGUGUGGUCACUCUGCUGGGGCUCACCUGGCUGCCAUGGUGCUCUCUACCGACUGGUCCCAGUACAGCCUCGCUCCUCAGAUCAAAGGUGCCUUCCUUGUGAGUGGCAUAUAUGACCUCCUGCCCAUCCUGUCCACCUACGUCAACGAGCCUUUGAAGAUGACAGAGGAGGUGGCGUUGAGAAACAGUCCCAGCAAGCUGGUCCCUCAGCUUAAACUCUCCUCCUCCAGCUGUCAGAUGGUUGUGGCCGUUGCUGAGAACGACUCGCCAGAGUUUCGCAAGCAGUCAGAAGAAUACUACAAAACUUUAGAGGCGUCAGGACUGAACGUGACCAUGGAGGACGUGGCACACACAGACCACUUCAAUGUCAUCGAGCAACUGGUAGACGAGGAGUAUCACCUAACAAAGCUUCUCUUGAAGAUGAUGGGGAAGAGCUGAAGUGUUUCUUCUGUCCGGCAGCAUCAGCAUACCUCUUUGUCAACACUCACCUCUGCACAGUCUUCAUGAACCAACACUGAAAAAUAUGCAUUUCUGUCAGGUUUGUUCUCGGGUGUAUAGUUUAUGUUCCUUCAGAAUUGAGCCACAAGAAAAGGGUGUCAGUCGUCUUGGCCGUACGUUUAAUUAUUCAUUAAAAACUUUUGUUCUUUGUGGGUGCAUCUGUCAAAAAAAGGCCUAAAUAAGCUUUGUAUGUUUGAAACAUAUGAACAUCUACGAAGAGCGCUGCGUGCCUAAAGCCUUGUCCCUUCAAUGGGGUUAACUGUAGCUAGAUUUACUGCACAUAAGUAGUCUGUUUACAACCCCGUAACUUUUGUGCACAGUGUUGUUGUCAGGAAACACGGUUCCCCCACAUACAAAACACUGUACAGUCACGUAUUAGCUUUGGCAUAUUUCCAGUGUUCUGUAAUCAGGGUUGUGUCUGUCAUUGUUUGUUUUUAUGUUGCUUUGCUUUCCUGUGACAGUCUGCGCCACUACGAGUGCAUCAGUCAGUCAGGAAUAGGGACAUAUUCAAACCGAAUGUAGCUUCUUACUGUUACUUCCACAAUUUGCUGACAUCUCACCCAGGGAACUGAUAUGUCAUUGUUCACGGGUUAUUAAGGACACGUGUCUUUUACUUGUUCCUGUUGUAGAUGAAGAGUACCUGCAGAUGAAACUGAAUUGUGAUACUUGCAAUCAUUUUAGCAUCUCACAUGAGUGUUUACAUGAUUUACACAAUGUAAUGUUAAUAUUAUGGUAGAUUAUAAAGAAUGAUCACAAUAAAUAUUUAUAUUUUAA